GCGGCAAUUUCCAGCAUUUCAACAUCCUGAGGCCGGCCUCGUUGCAACGACACUGGUCAUUGUCAUCGACCGGUCGAGCAUUCAGAUGCUCAAGGGCUUGGUGUCCACGGGCACUAGUGAUGGAUUGAGCCGGCUGCAGCGCAUCUAUCUUUCGGUCUAUUUGAGCGCGAUGAUGGCGGAUUGGCUUCAGGGCCCCUUUGUGUAUGCGCUCUAUGCGUCGUAUGGCUUCUCGCGCGAGGACAACGCGACCCUCUUCGUCGCGGGCUUUGGCAGCAGUGCCCUUUUCGGCACUUUCAUCGGGUCUAUGGCCGACAAGUACGGGCGCCGAAGGUUUGCAGCUCUCUACUGCGUGCUCUACUUCAUGUCCUGCCUCACGAAGCACUUCAAGCUACUCGGAUGGUCUCAGCGGCGACUGCGGCCGGUGACGGACGCGUGGCAGCGCAUGUCGCAUGGCGCCUCUCCUCUGGGAGAGAUACCGCAGGUUGUCAGUUUCUUGAACUUGCAGCGGGAACCGGAUGACACGAGCACGCGGGCGAAGGAAGUUCAGCAGACCUUCAACGGGACAGACAUGCACCGUUUGGUGCGCCCGGCGGUGGGCGUUGCAAGGGAAGAGGUGCGGACAAAGCCGAAGGCAACUUUCAUCCCUGUCCUUUCAGGGAAAACGGCCCCCGGCGACAAGGUUGGUUCUGGAGAUGACAAUCUUCCGGAAUCGGCUGGGUACGAGCUGCAGCUGGAUGAGGAAGUGCUGGCAAGUGCACACACAGCCCUCAUCCGUGAAGUGAGGAGCGGCAACGAUUUCCGGGUGCAAGAAAUCCUGCAAGUCACCCCCGCCAUCAGGAAGGACCUGCUACAGCGCAAGAAUGCCGAUGGGAAUACCGUCCUGCACUUGGCGGCCAAUGUACGGUCCAGCGAAAAGGGUGCUUUGGUCCUGUCCUACCUUCAGUACUCAAAAGCAGAGUUGGAGGCCAAAAACAUGCUAGGAGAGACCGAGACUCCGCUCAUGGAAGCCGCGUGUUAUGGGAGCAAGGCUGUGGCCCAGUUGCUGCUGGACUUCCAAGCGGAUGUGGCUCAAACCACGGGCUCGGGCUCCACGGCACUGGACUUCGCCACGAGCGAGGGCCACAGCAGCCUGGCAAAGCUCCUUGCAGCGGCUCAAGCCCGGAAGGCGCGUCAGAAGUGCAAGAAGCCCCUUUGGGAAGCUCCCUUCGCAACGACGAUGGGCUUUGAGACCUGGUCCUCAGGGCCUCCCGGGCCGCCCCCUCCCGAGAGGCAGCCGGAGCCACGGAAAGCCGCGCCGAAACCGAAAAGGGAGUCGGAGCGACCGGGCUUUAUCCCCAGUAUUUUCGCCUCGGGCCCAGAGAUCCGGAGCCGGAUCUUCAUGGCCAGUGGGGACGAGUUCACAGAGUUCACCAAUGCCUACCAGGCCCAGCCUCCCCCAUCUGCAAAGCCACCUCCUUCCAGCAAGGCGCCCCCUCGUUUUGAGGCCAGAGGCGUGUCUUCUGAGCACUUUGGGACGCUUGGGCUUCAGCCGGGAGCCACGGUGGAGGACGUCCGUGCCGCCUACCGCAAGCUGGCGCUGCAGUACCACCCCGCCUCAUGGGUACAUCCGUGA